AUGGCCCGCUCCCUGAGGCCCACGCUGCUGCUGCUGCUGCUGCUACUGGGUGAGCCCCUGCCCAUCUCCCCCCCGGGCCCCCAACCCCGGCCUCUCUGUCCCUGCUUGUCAGGGACAGGAGCCCUCAUGGGAAGCCUCUUCCACCUGGCCGGUGAAGGGCCCCGCCUCCUGGCCUUCCAGGCCUCCUGCUCGCCUGCCCCCAGCGCCCUCGACGGCUGCCUGCGGGACCAGGGCCGCAGCUGCCUGCGCGCCUACGCAAGCCUCGUGGGCACCGCCGUGACCCCCAACUACGUGGACAACGCGAGCGCGCGCGUGGCGCCCUGGUGCGACUGCGGAGCCAGCGGAAACCGGCGUGAAGAGUGCGAAGCUCUCCGGGGGCUCUUUACAAGGAACCGCUGCUUGGAUGGUGCCGUACAGGCCUUUGACAGGAGGUGGCCCCCAACCAUGCAGGACCAGCUGGACUCCCAAGGGGACCCUGAGCAUGGCCUCCUGCAGGUGUUCUCUGCAAGUGGGUCCCUGGAGGAGAGCUUCCUGCUGUCCCUACUUCCUGUCCUGGCUCUCCAGACGUUGCUCUGGCUAGGAUGGCAGACUUCGGAUAACACAGCCAACCGCCCACCCUGCUUGGGGUACAGGGGUGCAUCGCUGACCUCCUGCCCCACUGAAAAGAGACUGGCUCACCUUCCAAGCUGGCCCUGGUGCGCUCACCCUGCCACCCUUCCUCUGUGUCCCUGUCCCCUGGCGUGAGAGACGUAGGCUGGGAGCCUGGCUUCAAAGCUCCUGGUCUCCCUGUCAGUAGGUGUCUUGGUUGUAGGCCCCAUCUCCACAACCCUUGACAAAAUGGGAUCUCCCAUAGGGUAGGGACAGGAGAGGGUCACUUUUGAGACUUCACUGGGGCCCCAGAUCUCCUAGAGAAGGUCAGAGGUGAUCUAGACUCCCAGAAUUCUAGGACACUGUAUCAGCCUCCCAAGCAGAUAGCACCCUAGGAAUGCAUCUGAUGCUUACAGGCAGGACCACUUCUGACUACAGCCUUCAGGGCACCUUCCCAGCUUGGCAAUGCCCAUCAUUGUAACCACCUUGUGUCCAUGACCAAUGUUGGCAGAGUGCUUCUUGUCUUUCAUAUGCCACUUGGUGGAUCCCACCUUGCUCCCUGCAAGGUACUGGCCCUGUGACCAAGUCCCCCUUGGUUUUCCGCAGCCCUAGGAAUGGCACACAGCUCUCAGUAAACCUUGUGCACUGAUA